UCGCCUUGUGUCACCAGUUGCAUUUCUCCACUGGCAGAUGUUGGUAAACAACCCACACUCGAUCGAGUCGGCGUGGACGCUGCCGGUGUCGGGCCUGGCGGCGCCGGCGGCCCCGGCGGCCGGGCCGCGGCCGCAGCUGGUGCGCGUCUCGGACCUGCGCGCGCUGCUGGACGGCGCGCCGCUGGGCCGGUUCGACAUGCGGCCCGACACAGAGGCCGUGUUUGACGCGCUGUGCGACCGCGAGCGCGGCCGGCCGGAGAAGGUGCUCAUGAAGGAGUGGACGCCCCGGCCGGCCGGCGGCCAGCUGCACAUCGACGGGUGGCGCUGGACCCGAGGUGUGAGGUCGUUCGUCUCCAGCGCGCCCAUUUGUCAUUGGUUCUCGGAGCGUGAGGUCGAGGCCACUGACGGCCAGGUGUACGUACUGGAGGGCAGGCUAAGCGUGGCGCUGGCGGAGAAAUACGCUCUGCCCGUGUUGGCUCGUCUCACGUUCGCCACCGGCUUCCCCAGUCAGUGGCAGCUGCUGGCCAAAGAGCUGCACCUCCUCACAGUCGGGCAGGAGGCGGUGCGACGACAGCCUGACCUCGUCUCGCAGCACACCGACAGCCCCGGCCGCACCGCUGGGAAGCCGCCGCAGCAGCCGGACUCUGACUCGGGGUCUGGCUCGGAGCUCCCUCAGCCGCAGUCCGCGCCCGUCUCGAGGGCCGUCAGGUCGCAGCCGGAGCCCGGUUCGAAGGCCGCCAGGUCGCAGCCGGAGCCUAGUUCGAAGGCUGCUCCAGCCAAGAGGCAGACGAGGAAGCGAGCAGCGCCGGGGAGCAGCCAGCCAGUGCCGACCGCAGCAGGCGGCGCGGCGCAGCCGGAACCUCCUGGGACACCUCCGUUACCGGAGGAGCCGUCAGCGGCGCCGGCCAACGCCCGCGGAAGAGCGACUUCGCGCGGCCGGUGGACAGCGCAGCCGGCGCCCUCGUCGCCGCCGGAGUCAAAGUCAUCGAGCCCGGCCGCCAGUGAGCGCAGUUCUCUGGACGACACGAUGGCGCCGCUGACACGGGCCAUGUCGGAGACCAUGUACGACCGGUUGAAGAAGGACACGCGCCGGCGCAGCCCCCGCGUUUUCCUCCACCGGCUGGCGGAGGAGCCGCGGAAGGCGCCGACGGGGCGGGCCGCUGCCGGGCGCCGCGGUCACGAGUUCCGUCCGAGCGCGCGGCCCGGCACGCAGCGCUACCGGCUGGAGCAGAUGGCCUUCCUGACGGCGCAGAACGACGCCGCCCAGCCGGACGAUCUGUUCGGGGGCGGCCUGCUGGACUCUGGCGCCGGCGGCGGCGGCGGCGGCGGCGGCCUGCUCGGCCUGGCCGACGGGGAGCUGAUGGCGGCCGUGACGCCGCUGGCGCCGGGCCGCGGCGGCGGCCGCCGGCCGGCCGCGCACAGCUCUCUGACUCCGGUGGCGGCCCUGGCCGCCGGCGGCGCCUACUCGGUCAAAACGCCCACCAUGGCCACAUCGACCAUCAGCCCGGGCAACCCGCUCAACUCGAUCCACAGGGACGAGGCGGCCCGGUACAUGGUGAACCGUAAGAAGCAGGCGGGCCCGGCGCGCCAGCGGCUGCGGAUGGGCACGGACCGGCCGGCCGCUCCGAGCUUCAGUGGUUCGUCAGACAUCGGCAGUGCCGCCCGGCUGAUUGAAGAGGACGCCGCCUGGCUGCUGAGGGAAGACGACCCCUCCGACGAGCCGGCCGACGAGUACUUUGAUUACGAUGGGUGAGCCGGGGCCGUCCCAGUCGACGGUGCUCGCCGGAAGGUUGUAGUGUAGAGACUUCCGUGUAUGUGUCCGAGCGACUCGUUUUAUUGAUUUGUGUACGUGAAAGCGGGGUGCUCGAAUCGUUUGUACUGCGAAGACGUUCCUUGUUUGUGUGUUGAGGAGUUACUAAGCCGUGCCAAACCAGAUGAGGUAGACGUUAGUGUGGUCUGGUACCUGUUUAUCAAAGUAGAUACCAGCUGUUAGCCGAUGGGAACGCCGGUGUCUGACAGGCGACACUGGCUAUACACGCCAGUCAGUUGACCUAGUGAAGAGACGGCCGGGCGGCGUUCUUAUGCGGCGAUAUAUACGGCCGGUCAGGCUGGCGAAUGAGUUCGGAUAGUUCACUUUCCGACGGAUCGGUCGUUCCGCUGUACAAACAGCAGUAGUCCCCGUCACGGAAUGUGUGCGAGUUGCACCAGCUACUGUGCGGGCAGGGACCAUUGGCGCGGAUAGGGACCAUUGCGCGGGUAGGGCUCAUUGGCGCGGGUAGGGAGAACCUCUGAUCUGGACUGCAGCCGUGCACUGCAGUUGCAGUCCGGAUGCAUACCUUCCAGAAGUUCAGUGAUCGUCACCGCUCUGCGGCCGUUGUUUUGAAUAUCAUCGUUGAACAAGAAUGACUGCGCCUGCCAACGAAAGUUUGCAUUCAUCUCUGGAUCACUAUAAAUAAACAUUUUCAUCCCACUUA